UUCCGAUGGGGCGACCAAUGGGAGGCGGGGGGAAAUAGGCGGGCCUUGAGCGAUUGAACCAAUGGGAAGGCGGCGGGGCGCGUCUCUGCCCUGCGGUUUGUUUGGGGAGGGAGCGACCCUUACCGGGAGGGCUCCAGCCAGCCGGGGCCGCGGCGGGAUUCAGAUCGUUAAAUAAGUGCCUUGCUUGGACUGCAGAUUUCUCACAAUGACUAGUAGUGUGCCUUCUGAUGUGCUUGGUCGAAGAAUCCUGUGUGAUACAGAAUAUGCAACUGUGCGGUAUGCUGGUAGUGUUCCUCCCACAACAGGACUUUGGCUUGGAGUAGAAUGGGACAAUCCUCAAAGAGGAAAGCAUAAUGGCAGCCAUGAAGGAGUACAGUAUUUUAAAUGCGGUCACCCUACAGGAGGAUCCUUUAUCCGACCAAACAAGGCAAAUUUUGGUGUGGAUUUUCUUACUGCAGUAAAGAACCGCUAUGGAUUGAAUGUUGAACAAGAUGUUGAAUGUGAGAAAGAGAAUGCAUUAGUCUUUGGAAAGAAGACUGUGGAACUUGUUGGUUUUGAUUCUAUUAUAGAACAACAAAGUCAACUGAACAAAUUGGUAGACAUCUCAGUGAGAGAAUGUGCAGUGAGCCAUGCUGGUCAGAAAGAGGAAAUCGGCAGAACGUGUCCUAAUAUCAGAAGUAUAAAUCUAUCAAAAAAUCUGUUGCCAUCCUGGGAGAAAGUUACGGAUAUUGCUUGUCAAGUUCAGAAUCUGGAAAGUCUUGAUCUCAGUGAAAACAAGAUUAAAUUUCCAUCUGAUUCUGCUUCUAUAACCUGUACACUUAGUAAAUUGAGGGUUCUGGCACUUAAUCGAACUGGAGUAACAUGGGCAGAGGUUCUUCUCUGUGCUCCAGGGUGGCCAGCACUUGAAGAAUUGUACCUUGCUUCUAAUGAUAUUACAGUUUUAGAAAGACCCAUUAAUGUUCUACAGCCCUUGAAAUUGUUAGACCUUUCAAACAACCAAUUAAUUGAUGGAAGUCAACUGCAGCUAAUAGCAUAUCUCCCCAGAUUAGAACAACUAAUUCUUUCAAACACUGGAAUUUCUUCUAUACACUUUCCUGAUGUUGGAUUUGGAUGCAAGACUAAAAUGUUUCCUUUAUUACAACGUCUUGCAGUAGAUGGCAAUAAAAUAUUGCAAUGGUCAUUUAUCAAUGAGCUUGAUAAGCUACAAUGUUUGCAGUCACUGCACUGUCAGAAUAAUCCUUUGAUGGGCACAGAGAAGAACCCAGAGACAGUGAGGCAGCUUAUCAUUGCCAAAAUAGGCCAAUUAAAGUUUCUGAACAAAUCUGAGAUCUUUCCUGAUGAAAGAAAGGGAGCAGAGCUUGACUAUCGCAAAGUGUUUGGCAAUGACUGGAUAAUGGCUGGUGGGAAUCAGAAUCCAGACAAAAACAGACCAAAUGAGGAAUUUCUUGCUGCUCAUCCUAGGUACCAGUUACUCUGCCUUAAAUAUGGUGCUCCUGAAGAAGGUGAACUGAAGGGACAACAGCCUUUCAUUCUAAAAAAUCAGCUGCUAACUUUGACAAUUAAAUGUCCAGACAAACCUGAUCAGAAACCUAUAGAGAAGAAACUACCAGAUUCUAUGACUAUUCAGAAGGUCAAAGGCUUGCUGUAUCGUCUACUUAAAAUUCCUGGUUCAGAACUGAAAUUGUCCUACGAAAGUUCUAAAGUAAGUUGUAUUUAAAAGGUCAACACUGCAUUCUAAAAUAUUAUAGAAUGAAACAGAUUUCACUUAAAGGCUAUCCGUCUUUAUGCUAUUUUUAGGCCUGAUCCAACUCCUUUGGACUUGAAAGAUGGCCAGGGGAAAAAGUUAGCCUAAGAGUGUGCAUUUUAAAUCACAGUCUGAUUUUUCUUCUUCUUCUUCUUCUAGAUGGAAGGCAAAGAAAUUGAACUAGAAAAUGACCUAAAGCCCUUGCAGUUUUACUCUAUAGAAAAUGGAGACUCUGUGUUAGUACGGUGGUAACUUCUCUUCUGAAGUUGCACAGUGCUGUUAAGCCGAAGCCUACCCGAAGAGAUUAUCUACAAUUUUCCUGUACAUAAACAGAAGCAUCGUUUCAGAUAGCCCUCUGUCCUCAACUCCUGCAUGUAUAUUUUCAAUAAAAGAGUACCUGGUCAUUUAGUGAGUUUGUUAGAGGUGCAUAAUUGCAGGGGUUCUUUUAAAUUCCCAGAUUAAAUGGACUAUUAGCAUGAGGGUUUCUUCAAGUCUUGUGCUGCACUGGUGAGAAUUUCUAUAGAAGAAGCAGUUUUAAACAGACCCACACAUUUAUUUUACUCAGAAGGUGUAAUCUAAAAUCUCAUAUGACACUUUCAUUUGUAAUACCUGCAAGCAUAAAGCCACAAGGACAACUGCUGUUGCACUAGAAAAGGGCACUUAAGUUAUUUCCUCUCUCCUUAAAGCAGAGUUUAAGGAAUCCUUUAGCAAAGAACAGAGCUUAAUGUAACACCACUCUAUAUUGAGAGGUUUGUGGUAAGUUUAGAUCAGUGUCUUUUCCAGAAACUAGGACAGAUCUGUAUUAUCUCCUUGUUGCUGUAUCCUAUUUACACAGCUCGAGGGAAAAAAAAAUCACAAUUAAGAUUAAGCUGCUGAAUUGGAGGAUUUAUUUAAAAUAACUUGUCAGCAUAUUGCAGAGCUAUGCAGUUUAAUGGAUAUUCUCCAUAUUAGUGGUGUGUUGC